AAAAGACGAAAAGACCAACACCGGUGGCUGAAAACCAUAAGGGCAAAAACAAAAUUUCAAGUUAUCUCGCACUUUUAUAUGCCAAAUCGUCUGGGACCCUAACCCUAGAGAUUUUCACUUUUCAAGUGAAAUCAAAGAUGGAUAUUGUUCCACCGGCGCCGGCCAAAGGGAUAUUCCUUCUUCUGCAUCGUUCGGAACUUUCCGAUCCGAGGGAAGCUAAAAGCUACUGUAAAGCGAUGAUAUUUAAGACUGAUGGCCUUCGCAGGGUGAAGUCGGAACAGCUGCUGAGGGACGUGAAGUUGAGGAAAGUGAAGUUGAGGAAAGCCUACAAGUAUCUACUGGAGGAGGCUGAAGAGUGGAAGAAGAAGGUGGAAGAAAUCGAGGGAGGGUUCACAGAACUCAAAAUGGAAUCAAUGCACCAUUCAUUGCGAGGCAAACUAUAUUUCAGUGGGCUGCCAUCUGAAUGGCAAACAGAUCCCAUUGAAAAAAACGAAAUCCUGUGCACAAUCACGAACACAGAGACCAGAAGUCUUCCAUAUUUAGAUGAUCCGAAAGAUGAUGCUGAUGCUGAUGAUGCUGAUGCUGAUGAUGCUGAGGAUGCUGAGGAUGCUGAUGAUGAUGCUGAGGAUGCUGAUGAUGAUGCUGAGGAUGAGAAAGUGAAUGAAAAUGAGUUUGAGGAUGAGGAUGAUAGUGAUGAGAAUGACUUGAAGUAUUUGAGAAGAAUCAAGUAUUUGAGAAAGAGGAUUAUUUGGAUGAAGUUGGAGGUGAAAUAUCUGGAACCUUACCUCCGAUCCACCCAAGAGAGGUAUGCACGUCAAGCUAAGAUCCCAUAUUACAAAACGAUUUAUGUUGGACAUCCUACAAAGGAACCCGUGCGGUAUCAUCAGAGGUGUUGUUUACUUAUUUCUCACUAUUGCCAAAUUUAAAAUAGAGAAAGUGAUUUUUUUUUUAUUUUUUUGGAGAAAGUUCAAUAAAGUUCAACCAUUGAU